AUGCUCAAGCUCGCCAAAAUCCUCCACCACAGAGGCUUCCACGUCACCUUCGUCAACACCGAGUUCAACCACCGCCGCCUCCUCCGCUCCCGUGGCUCCGCCGCCUUCGACGGCCUCUCCGACCGCUUCCGCUUCGAGACCAUCCCCGACGGGCUCCCGCCGUCCGACGCCGACGCCACCCAGGAAGUGCCGGCCCUGUGCGAUUCCACGAGGAAGCACUGCCUGGCUCCGUUCAAACGGCUGCUUUCCGAGCUAAACGAAGCGGCGUCGGCCGGUGAUGGUGCGCCGCCAGUUAGCUGUGUGGUUUCUGACGCCAUCAUGAGUUUUACGCUUGAUGCUUCUAAGGAGAUCGGGGUCCCUAAUGUGUUGUUAUGGACGGCGAGCGCGUGUGGGUUCGUGGGUUAUUUACAUUAUCGCCAGCUCCUCCAAAAGGUCAUUGCUCCCCUCAAAGAUGCAAGUUACUUGACAAAUGGGUACAUGGAAACUCAAGUUGACUGGAUCCCUGGCAUGGAAGGCAUCCCUUUGAAGUAUCUCCCAAGCUUUUUCGCCACAACGGAUGCAAACGACCUUAUGUUCAAUUUUGUCCUAGAACAAAUCGAACGAGUUCGAAAUGCAUCGGCACUAAUUUUCAACACAUUUGAUAAACUAGAACAAGAAGUUCUUCGGUCUCUCUUCCCAACCUUCCCUCCAAUCUACACACUCGGCCCUCUGCACCUCCUGAAAGUCCAAGAAACCGGCUUGGAAUCUCUUCAAUCGAACCUGUGGAAAGAGGAAACUGAUUGCCUCGAAUGGCUCGACCUGAAAGAACCCGAUUCGGUUGUCUACGUCAAUUUUGGGAGUAUCACUGUCAUGACACCUCAUCAAUUGGCUGAGUUUGCUUGGGGACUAGCGAGUAGUAACAAGAAUUUCUUGUGGGUCAUUAGGCCGGACCUUGUUAUGGGCAAUUCCGCGAUUCUUCCCCAAGAGUUUCUGGACGAGACCAAGGAAAGGGGACUGUUGGCGAGUUGGUGUCCUCAGGAGAAAGUGCUUAAACACCCAUCGGUUGGAGGGUUUUUGACGCACUGUGGAUGGAACUCGACGCUCGAGAGCUUGACGAGUGGCGUGCCCAUGAUCUGCUGGCCUUUCUUUGCCGAACAACAGACUAAUUGUUGGUUUAGCUGUAACAAAUGGGGUGUUGGACUUGAGAUCAGUAGCGUUGUUACGAGGAGUGAGAUUGAGAGGCUUGUUGGGGAGUUGAUGGAUGGGGAGAAAGGGAAAGAGAUGAAGAAAAGAGCCUUGGAGUGGAAGAAAUUGGCGGAGGAGGCAACUGAAGAUGAGAUUGGGGAGGCUUACCUGAACUUGGAAGAGAUGAUCAAUAAGGUUUUAUUGAAUUAAAAGGAGAAGGCAAAUUGAAGAUUAUAGGGAUUCAUUCACAGGAUAAAUUUGGUAUCGAAUAAGAUGUGAAAUGAUUCCAUGAGCAAAUGUCAAUAUAUUAUUAUAAGCUUUAUUUGCGAACUAAAUAAAAAGUGCAUCGUUUUUUCAAGCUAUCAUGUAUGCUACAUAAAAAUUGAUCCAUUUUUCU